CUGCCGGCCGUUGGUAUCCUGUUCUCCCUCCCAGGUUGGCGUCUGGGACCUUCUGUGUCGCCACAGGCACAGCGCCGCUCACACCAUGGCUUGGAUCCGGACUGCGCAACAGCCUUUCGAGAGACGUGGGUCUUUGGAGCCUCUUUAGUCCCGGGCCGCAGGCAGCUCCGCGGCGGCGGCGGACGGAAAGUAUCUCUUUUUAGGUUGUUGUGGCAAAAACAUGAAAUACAGGGAGAUGUUUGGCAGACUCUGCAGGGCUGUGCCAACGCUGGUUGUUUGUUCUCAGAACCUCUGGAAUGGAUGGACUCUUCCUGAGCAGUUUCGCUAAUUUGCAGCAGCUGGACAAUGCUCCUCAUUGAUAGCUGUCUGUCGGCAUAAUCGUCGCAUCAUCUCUCUCUGGUGGCGGGGAACUCAGCUCAAAAUCUGUGUAGGAAAAGCGCCUGGAUCCCAGUCUUUCAAUGGCUUCGAGACAACCAGAAGUGCCUGCUCUUGAGCCUAGUGGGCCUCUAGGCAAGAUGUCCCUGCCCAUCGGGAUGUACCGCCGGGCAUUCAGCUAUGAUGAUGCCCUUGAGGACCCUACACCCAUGACUCCUCCUCCAUCGGACAUGGGCAGCAUCCCCUGGAAGCCAGUGAUUCCAGAGCGCAAGUAUCAGCACCUCGCCAAGCAGGUGGAGGAGGGAGAGCCCAGCGUCUCCCCACGCGCCCCGGCCCCGCUGCCGGCCACUCACAGUGCAGAGAAGGCCCCUGUGGUGAAGGCCAAAGCGACCCAUGUCAUCAUGAGCUCUUUGAUCACAAAACAGAACCAGGAGAGCAUUCAUCGUUUUGAGCAACAGGCAGGGCUGCGAGAUGCCGGCUACACCCCCCACAAGGGCCUCACCACUGAGGAGACCAAGUACCUUCGAGUGGCAGAAGCACUCCACAAACUAAAGCUCCAGAGUGGAGAGACAGCAAGAGAGGAGAGGCAGCCGGCGUCCACGCAGUCCACCCCGAGCAGCAGCCCGCAGGCCUCCCCUAAGCAGAAAAGCAGAGGCUGGUUCACUUCUGGUUCUGCCACAGCCUUACCUGGCCCCGGUCUUAGCGCCAUGGAUUCUGGAAGCGGGGAUAAAGACAGAAGCUCAGCCGAUAAAUGGAGCCUCUUUGGACCGAGAUCCCUCCCGAAGUCUGAGUCAGGAGGCUUUGCCAUCCAAGCCUACAAAGGAGCCCAGAAGCCUUCUCCAAUGGAAGUGAUGCGUGGACAAGCCACCCGAAGGACGGAGGAGCCAGCAACGUUCAAGCCGCCCAAGAUGGAUAUCCCAGUGAUGGAAGGGACGAAACAGCUGCCGCGGGCCCACAGCCUCAAACCCCGGGACUUGAAUGUUCUCACACCCACUGGCUUCUAGAGCUUUCUGUCCCGGGGGCUCUGCAUCGAGGGUAUCGAGCCCAGCUCCCUUUACCUUGGCUCUGACAUAGGAAAAGUUUUGUCUUUGUGAAAAUCAGACUGAGGCUAGAUAGAGACAUAAUUGGUUUUCGCGAAACAUUAGUGCAAAGCUUGUCCUUGUGUGGAAAAGCCAUUUUGUAUUGCUUUAACGUUAGACUAAACUUGAGCAGUGGUAUAUGGGGACCUCCCCAGAACUUGGACCACUGCUUACUAGGUGACUGUCUGCGUUGCUCCAAAGCCAAGGCUUCAGGAUCCCUUCACCACUGUCGAGGUGCGCGUGGACAGACCACGGCGAGGGGAUGUCCGUGAACUAGUGCAGGAGACUUCGGCCCUCACGGCCGUGCUGGUGCUGGGUGCUCCGGUCUGGUCAGUCAGGGAACCCAAGGCCUGCUUGAGAUCUGGGUAGGGCUAGGAGCCAGCCCCGCAGGGCCCCCGCUCGUGCUGGCACCGGCGUCUCCUCGCGUCCUGGGGGACCUCGUGGGCCUGUGUCCUGCAGCCAGCCCUUGCUGUGGGACCUCGGGGGCCUGUGCUGUGGGAGGGGUGCUUCUCUUCUGCGUGUCACAGAACAAACACUAGUCUUAACACAUCCUUUGUUGCACUUUAAAGUGACAUUAAUUUAGCUUCCAUUUGGUUGAAAACUUCCUAAAGGAGAAAAUUCAGUCUACUGGCUUGCUAUAGAUAAAUGGCUGUUUAACGUUUUUAAAGAGGUGGCAGCUGCAGCUGGAAUGUAGUCUUGAGGUUCAUGGGAAACUGCUGUCACUCUAGUUUGAUUUUCUUGCUCAGGCUAGGGCUUCUAAAUUUUUUUCCUGGGAGGCAGAAGAAUUAAAAAAUUUCUGUAUGCAAUCAUUUUCCCCUCAAAUGAGCCUCAUGCCUUUGUAAACAUACCUCGCUGAGGAAGGAACUGGGGAAGCCACUCUCUCAUUUCUCUUCACUGUACACGUGCAGCCACUGUCUUGAACACCGUCCUUUCCUGCUGUCUCUUGAUUUGGACGGUAUUGUGUCUACACAAGGAGCCGAGCUGACCUUCCCCCAGAGACACCCGGGAGUCUCAAAUGAUCAGAAUUAAUUUAUUUGUGUCUUCUGUUAUGCUUGUAUCUUACUUGUUUUGACAAUAAAAGUCCGUACCACUUUCUCAAAUGUA